AUGGUCGCAACCUUUUCACCACACCGGGAUGCCGGUGGCACACUUCACUUGCCAUCACCUACUGGCAUUCACCAUGUUGAUGCCAGUUCGGCCAUCAGGCAGCUGCGCCGAUCACUGUCUCGUUCUCCUUCUAAGAACUCAGACUUCCGCCCCCUGUCUUCACGAUCCCACUCUCACACCUCCAGUGCUCCAUUUAUUUCUUCCCCUCUCUCUCCUUCACGCAGAGGCAACCUCUUCUUCGUCCCGGCGACCACAUCGUGUUUAUCAACAAACACAAAAACACCCAUCUUCUCAACCUUCUCAACCACCCCAACACAAACCCCAACACAACAACCAGAACAACAAUCAACUCCUUUAGCUAUCCCCUUUCCACCCAGCGCAAAGAUUAGUCGACCAGUAAUGCGCAGGACUGGUUCCCUACAGAGCACGCGUAUUCGAACGUCCCCCAAGAGCCCGUCAAAACGCGUCCUCAACAUCUCCAGCGAUCACGGAAAUGCGACCACUGCGCAGUCUACUCCUGGCGUGACUGGCGACGAAAACGGUUUUGACAAAGAGAGCACGACACCCCCAGACUCUAUCCCAGGGCCUACCGUGCCAUUAGUUGAAAACAGCAGUAUUGCCUUGAAACCCAGCCUCGGUCGCAUCGAGAAGCGGCGCAGCGGUAACUUUGGUUCACUGGCCACGACUAUCAGCCCGCUCAAAAGAAGUGACGGGGCUAUGCAGCUGGACCAGACUGGCUUUGAAAGUCCUUCUGCAAAACGCCGCAGUCUGCACAGUGUUAGUGGGGGUGGCUUUGAUUUUAGCAUUUUCGACAGCACCGACAGUUCCAACGAGACGUCCGACAUCAUGGCCCGCGAUUUUGACGCGCACCCAUUGUUUUUCCCCAGUUCACCAGCUGGCCCUUUUGCCACCAUUCCAAAGCGCUCCUCCUCUCUGCGACGUUCGACUCUCCUGCAGCGUCAAGGGGAUCGAUCAAUUUUCAGUCGCUCGCGAUUGACCAAUGUUGACUAUGCUGACUAUGCUGAUUCUACCUCGGCUAGUCCUGCUCCAGUAAUGCAGCACCGCAUGUCUCUGGAUAGCAACCUCUCUUUAGCAUCUAAUCGCGAGAGCUUGUUUAGCCCUCAGCCGCGUCCUGCGGUGGUGGGAAGCUCCAUUUUCUCAACCACACCGCAUGACUCUGGAGUCACCACCACCACUACUCCUUACGCGGCCCACCCUCUUUCCCGAACCAUCACCCAGUCUUCUUCCAGCUCGAGCUUUGCUGAAGACUCACCAACUCACGAACCAAUUCACAAAGCUGAUCGCCCGAAAGCAAUCUUCAACUUCUCCAAAUCUCUUCCCGUUGGCGCAACAAGGCCUAGUGCAGCCCGGCAGCUGACCCGUGAAGACUCAAAUUCUUCUACCGAUUCGUUUGCAACCCCAGAAAACUACCGACAUGCUAAGCCUUGUGCUGCUGCAUUCAUGUCAACUGGGCUGAUAUCGAAGAAGAACCGCAACGCUGAAGAUCUCCAGGCCUCGUUUGGCGCCAGUAAAAACAUGCCUGACACUCCAUGUAAACGGUCUACAAGUUUUCUACCCACUGCUCAGAAGGCCUUGCCUGUUCGACCAGUCUCACGCCCAAAACUUUCUCGACAGUCCUUCCUCGUCCCCUCCACCCCGACCCAAAGCCAGAAUAACCGUCAGGCUUCAGGUUUAUUUGCUCGAGGAAGUGGCCUCUCCAGCAGCGUGUUCAAUCAACCAGACUCCUCCCGUCGAGAUAGCUUUGUAAGCACCGAUGGUGAUGAGCAAUCCUUGUCCCAGUCGCCGUCAGCUCGUCACGACAGCCAGGGAACAAUGGAUUCGGAUUUUCCUCCUACACCCACAAAACAGGCUUUUCCUUCAUCUGAGAGUAUUUUCAACUCCUUUCCUGGAGCUUCUAUAGACAGACAGGCCGAGCAAAUGCCGAGCGACAAUUUUGACUCGACCACUCCUCGUACUCCGAGGGAUAGCAUGCUGCCCCCAGACCCCAGCGGUUUGUCAAUUUCAGCUCCAAAUGAUUCACCACUGAAGCUUGAAGAUUUCAACUCGUCCACCAUUACCUUUCCAGCGACGCCAACGGCGCCUCGUGACUAUUUUGCCCCCACUGGGAAGCAAAAGAGUAUGUCAUUGGGUGGUUACAAUGCCCCCGAUGUCGAUACCAGUAUGACGUCUCGGUUCGAAAAGGUUGAGCUCAUUGGAACUGGGGAGUUCUCUCAAGUGUACCGGGUCUCGGGCCCGCGGGGAAACUCUCAGUACAAGUCGAUCUUCUCUCUUCCAACUGAAUCAACCUCUCCAUCUGCUUUACCUGAACGUAUCUGGGCGGUCAAGAAAGCAAAGCAAGCUUUCGGAGGUCCAAAGGACCGUACUCGCCGAAUGCGGGAAGUUGAAAUCUUGAGGGCACUUUCCAACUCUGACCAUGUCAUUUCUUUCGUCGAUCAUUGGGAAAGCAAAGGUCAUCUUUAUAUCCAGACAGAAUAUUGCGAGGAAGGGAGCCUUGAUGUUUUCCUGGCCCAAGCGGGCCUCAAAGCUCGAUUGGAUGACUUUCGGAUUUGGAAAAUUCUACUCGAAAUGUCCCAGGGACUCAAACACAUUCAUGAUUCCGGUUUCAUACACCUAGACUUGAAACCUGCGAAUAUCUUGAUUACCUUUGAAGGUGUACUCAAGAUUGCUGAUUUUGGAAUGGCUACAACCUGGCCUGCCGAGAAACACAUUGAAGGCGAGGGUGACAGGGAAUACAUGGGCCCCGAAGUGUUGAUGGGACUUUAUGACAAGCCUGCAGAUAUCUUUGCUCUUGGUCUCAUCAUGUUCGAAACUGCGGGAAAUGUCGAACUUCCUGAUAACGGAUUGUCAUGGCAAAAGCUUCGCAACGGUGAUAUCAGUGACGUCCCAAGUCUUACAUGGAGCUCCGAGACUAGCAUUUUCCGUGACGCAUCCGGCAAUCCGCUGUCUCAAGAUCCCUCGUUUGAGGAGCUCUGCAACUCGGACCCUGCCUUCAAUGACUCUGGUAUUGAUUUCGCAAGAUCGCAACAGCCGAAGCCGCAUCCCUUUGUCCGGAGCGGUGAACUCGUUGAACCACCCGGCUUCAUGGUUGAGGCCAGCCAUGAGUACGCUCUCGACAAGCUUGUGCGUUGGAUGAUAUCCCCCGAUCCGCUUGAUCGGCCAACUGCAGACCAGCUCCUGCAAACACACGGUGUGCAGUGGGCCAUGGCACGCCGACGUGCAGGGGCUACAGUCUUUGAAGGCAAUUGGGGUCCUGCUGAUGACAUCCUUUUGGAAGAUGCAGAGAUGAUUGACGUUUGA